UGGUGAUGGGUGUGUUCAGCAGGAUGCUGAGUCUCUAUAACCUCGCAGUCAGAGAUCUCCAGAUGCAGUCAUAUUGCUCCUGAGAUCUUGCACUGAAAAGCAGAAGCAGUACAGAACAUUUGACAUGGAUUCGUUGUCGACAUAUUUUGUGGAGGAAACCAACUGUAUGAGAGGUAGAAAGGAGGAAGAAGAAGAAGAAGAAGAAGUAGAAGAAGAAGAAGAAGAAGAAGAGGAGGAGGAGCAGGAAGGUGAAGAUGAAGAUGACAAAGAGGAGGAAAAUUAUAACUCACAAACCGAGGAAUCAGCCAUCCAGAAGCAGCAAAGAUCGGCCUGGGCUCCGUGUUUCUUCUAUAAAACAGAUAGAGAGGUGUAUUAUUAUGCUGGGCAGGAGAUCAGCAUCGAAGGGGCUUUGGACUCGUAUGCAGGCACAAUAUGGCCAGCGGCUUUGACUCUCUGCCAUUACCUUGACACUCAUCGCGAACGGCUGAAUCUUGUGGACAAAGCAGUCCUGGAGAUCGGAGCAGGAACUGGCCUCGUGUCUGUUGUGGCAGCACUCCUGGGUGCAUGGGUGACAGCUACAGACCUUCCAGAGGUCCUGAACAACCUGAGAGUCAACCUGAGCAGGAACACGAGGGGGCGCUGCAGACAUACACCCCAGGUGGCAGCUCUGUCCUGGGACUAUAACCUGGAGCACUCCUACCCCACAUCCAUCUAUCGGUACGACUAUGUGCUUGCAGCUGAUGUUGUCUACCACCACAACUUCUUAGACGAGCUCCUGGCCACCAUGAAGCAUUUCUGUCGACCAGGAACGACUGUGAUCUGGGCCAACAAGAUCCGGAUGGAGAAUGAUGUGACUUUCACUGAGAAGUUUAAAAAGGCCUUUCACACAAGUUUACUGGCUGAAGAUGGAGACAUAAAGAUCUUCAUGGCAACUUGCAGAGAAGGAGAGUUCAGAGAAGGUGAUGAGGGGCUGGAAAUCCAAGAUCUGCAGAGAGAGGAUGAGGAAGGAGAGGAGGAGGAGGCUGAAGAUGAGAAAAACAAAGAGAAGCUGGUGGAGGACAAACCCAAGGAGGAUAAGUUUCACUGUGUCAAGGAAGAUGAAACAGAGGAACCUUGUACAUUAGAGGCUGAGAGAGGAGAUGAUGCGGAAGAAAAAAAUGAGCAUGAGUGUGAUGAAGAGGAAGAGAUGGAGGAGAUAAAAGACAACAAGGAGGAUGAGGAGACUAAGCCAGAGAACAGUGAUCAGAGCUGCAGCACGACAGCCAGCCAUGAAGAUGCUACGGAUUCUGAGGAGAAACUUACGUUUACAGAGCAGGCGCCACAGAAGAAGCAGGACAGAGCACCAGCCUGGGUUCCCAGCAUCAUUUGCUGCUGUAGUAAAGAUGUGUACCAUUAUGUAGGGCAGGACAUUGUCAUUUAUGAAUCCAUAGACUCCUUUGGAGCAGUCAUGUGGCCAGCUGCCUUGGCUCUGUGCUCCUUCCUGGACAACAACAGGGAGAGGGUGAACCUGCAAGGGAAGGAGGUGCUGGAGCUGGGAGCAGGAACGGGACUGGUGGCCAUUGUGGCCAGUCUGCUAGGAGCUUCGGUCACAGCCACAGACUUACCAGAGGUGUUGAGUAACCUCAGGGCCAAUGUGAUGAGGAACACUAGGGGUCGGUGCAGACACCUGCCCCAGGUGGCAGCUCUGUCCUGGUCCUACGACCUGGAGUGCACCUACCCCACAUCCAUCUAUCGGUACGACUAUGUGCUGGCAGCUGAUGUUGUCUACCAUCACGACUUCUUAGACGAGCUCCUGGCCACCAUGAAACACUUCUGUGAACCAGGAACGACUGUGAUCUGGGCCAACAAGAUCCGGAUGGAGAAUGAUCUGACUUUCAUUGAGAAGUUUAAAAAGGCUUUUCACACAAGUUUACUGGCUGAAGAUGGAGACAUAAAGAUCUUCAUGGCAACUUGCAGAGAGUGAGACGUGUCAGAGGCAUGGAUAUAUUACUGAACCAGCCAACUAGGAACAGGCCCAGGGGCCCAACAGGAUAUAGGGGCCUAAGGUCAGACCCUCAGUUGGAAAGUUAAAGGGCUCAGUCAAAAGUAGGAAGGUAUCAGUCACAUCUUUUUGUGCCUAACCCCCCCAUCCCCCAUCCCCCAAAGAGACAUCCUCUCUUUGUCUCCUGCAUGGCCAAAAUGCUCUAGUUUAGGUGCCAGUAUCAAGGUUUUAGCUAUCAGCAGAACUUUAGAAUUAUGAUUAUCCUGGAAAAUAUUCACAAAAAAAGACGCAAAACAGCGUGAUAUGAUUAGAUGUUGUGUGCAGUCUUGCUACUGUGGAUGAAGGACCUUUCGCCUCUUUUCGCCUCUCUGUGGCUGUUGUUGUAUGAUUCCUCCUUGAAAAAAUGAUCAAGUUUAGAAAUAGUCACUGGUCACUACGUUUACAUAUAUAAAGACCUCAAAUAUAUACAGAUAUUUAAGGCUAGAGAUUGUGAAAGAGAAUGAUAUGUGCAGCUGAAGUGCCCCAGCUAAGGAUAAACCAAGGAUGUUUACAGUAAUGCGAUAUGUGCCUAAACCAUUUAGCUACAAUGUUCCUUAUACAGAUGCCUUUUUCUUUAACUCCAUGUGAUCCAGGUCUGAUACCAUAUAAGCCUGAAAAGGACAAACCUGUGCUACAUGACCCAGACCAUUGCUGAAAAUCUCCUUCAGCUGUAUUUUGCUGUAUGUACAAGUUAUGACCAGUGAAUGCCUUAAUUCUUCCAAAUCAUUUUUAUUCAGUGUCAUUUUCUUGUUUGUGACUUAAUUCCAUGUGACCACAAAAUGGUGUAACAGUAGCUCAGGUCUUUCCCACAUGUCAUUGAGGAAGAAUGGGUAUAAAAUAAUACUGAGAGAAUACAAUGUUAUCUCAUAACAUUCUGUAAAAUAUUGGCAUUUACUAGAUCUUAUGACUAUAAAUAUAAACACUCAACAUCCAGAAGAAGCAUUUCUAAGUCUUUCCUGACACCAGCAGAGUGAGAGUAACGGAUAUGAGAAGUCUGUUUGGUGCCAGAAAUGGACGGUACAGUCCUGUGGUGAAAGUUAAGGCCAUUUUCGGAGAGACUGUCAUUGGCAACGCGUACUGUCGACAGCUGAGCCCUGAACGCAACAUCUGUCUGAACCGAAACCCAAACACGGGACAGAGGUGACAAAAGAAUUAAGAAGCAGGAGAAAACAGAAGAUGUGAAAACUAAAACCGAUCAACACAACGUCGGUCAAAAACCAAACCCCAAAGUGACUCCAGGAAAAACCCCUGUGUACUUGGACAGGCCUGUGCUGAGGCCGCUGCAGAAAGUGCACACAAGUCACAGCUAUAAACAGAAGCACGAGUGUUCUUACCCCUGGGUAAACAUGAGUUGCGACCACUGAUUUGCUGUGUGUGUGUACAGUCAUCCCAGAAAAGAGUAUUUAUUCCCAUGAGGACAUAGGGCCUUGGCUUGGAAGCAGCUGCUUUUACAUUCUUAGGCAUGUACCUUCCACUGUGAGAGGACUUAAAACAUUAGGGAAAGAGGACACUAUUAAUUAAAGCCAUUAUAUCUACACCUGUGGUUUUCGUUCUUCUAUUCAAUAUUGUUAUGUCCAAUGUUGUCAAUUAUAUUAUUUCUGGCAAAAUUUCCAUCUUCAGCCUUCGUAGCUCCUUUGAAAAUUACACCAACUUUAACAUGGGAA